CCCUGCGCGCCCCUUCGCAGCCGGCAAGCGAGCCACGAUGGCGCCCCGGGAGCUGCUUGCGCGGCCCCUCUUUGGGCUCCUGGUGCUGGCGGCGCAGCUCUCUGUCCCUGCCGUCGGGGCCGAGGCGGACCCUUCCUCCCUGCCCGCGGACUUGCUGCUGGCGGCGGGCACGGAGGCUUACGCCCGCGGGGACUGGAGCGCCGUCAUCCUGCAUAUGGAGAGGGCGCUGCGGGCGCGGGAGGCGCACCGGGCGCGCCUGAUCCAGUGCCGCUUGCGCUGCGCUGCCAACAGCACCGACGGAACCCCGCCUCACCCGGCGGAGGACGAACAGCAGCAGCACCCGGCGCCUCCCGCCGUCGGAGAGCGGCGCCCGCUGGACGACCUCCGCUUCUUCGGGCAGCUCCUCCGCCGCGCCGGCUGCCUCCGCAAGUGCCUCCCCGACGGCGCCUCCCGCUACCAGCUCGGCGAGGAGACGGAGCUGGAGUUCCGCAAGCGCAGUCCGUACAACUAUCUCCAAGUGGCUUAUUUCAAGAUCAACAAGCUCGACAAAGCCGUGGCCGCAGCCCACACAUUCUUUGUGGCCAACCCUGGCCACAUGGAGAUGCGGCAGAACUUGGACUACUACCAGAUGAUGGCUGGCGUCAAAGACUCUGACUUUGUGGACUUGGAGGCCAAGCCGCACAUGGAAGAAUUCCGCCUGGGUGUGAGUUACUACACGGAGGAGAAGCCCCAGGCGGCCAUCUUGCACCUGGAGAAAGCACUAGAAGCCUACUGGGUCGCCGACACCGAGUGCCGAGCCCUUUGCGAGGGGCCGUACGAUUACGAAGGCUACAACUACCUCGAGUACAACGCGGACCUUUUCCAAGCUAUCAUUGAUCACUACACUCAAGUGUUGAGCUGCAAGCAAGGCUGCGUCACAGAACUUGCAUCUCAAACCGGAAGUGAGAAGCCCAUUGAGGACUUGCUUCCAUCUCAUUUCAACUACCUUCAGUUUGCCUACUACAACAGUGGCGACUACGAGAAGGCCAUUGAGUGUGCCAAAACCUAUUUGCUCUUCUUCCCUAACGACGAAGUGAUGAAACAGAACCUGGCCUACUACACAGCUGUGCUGGGGGACAACCUGGCCAAGCCCGUAGGCCCCAGAAAGGAUGUCGAGCUCUACUGGAGACGCAGCCUUCUGGAGAAAGAGCAGCUUUUCUUCGCCUACGACGUCUUUGGGAUCCCCUUCGUGGACCCGGACACUUGGACACCGGAAGAGGUGAUACCUAAGAGGCUGCAAGAGAAGCAGAAGGUGGAGCGCGAGACGGCAGCCCGCAUCUCAGAAGAAAUCGGCAACCUCAUGAAGGAGAUCGAGAACCUGGUGGAGGAGAAGACGAAGGAGUCCACGGACAUGAACAAGCUCGUGCGAGAAGGAGGCCCCUUGGUGUACGACGGGCUCGGCAUCACCAUGAACUCCAAGCUGCUCAACGGCUCCCAGCGUGUGGUGGUGGAUGGCUUUCUCUCCGAAGAGGAGUGUCGGGCACUGCAGAGGCUGACCAAUGCAGCUGCCUCUGCCGGGGACGGCUACCGUGGGAAGACCUCCCCACACACCCCCAGCGAGACUUUUUAUGGCGUCACCGUCUAUAAAGCACUCAAGCUGGGACAGGAAGGCAAAGUGCCCAUGCAAAGUGCUUACCUCUACUACAACGUGACCGAGAAGGUCCGGCUGGUGAUGGAGUCCUAUUUCCGCCUCGACACGCCCCUGCACUUCUCUUACUCCCACCUGGUGUGCCGCACUGCUAUUGAAGAUAAACAGGAAGACCGGGCGGAUCCGAGCCACCCUGUUCACGUGGACAACUGCAUCCUUAACGCAGAGGCUUUAGUGUGUGUCAAAGAGCCGCCAGCCUACACAUUUCGGGACUACAGUGCUAUUCUCUACCUCAACGGUGACUUUGAAGGAGGAGCUUUUUACUUCACGGAGCUGGACGCCACGACGGUGACUGCAGAGGUUCAGCCCCAGUGUGGCCGGGCUGUGGGUUUCUCGUCAGGCUCCGAAAACCCGCAUGGCGUGAAAGCCGUGACCAAGGGCCAGCGAUGCGCUAUUGCCUUGUGGUUCACCCUGGACCCCCGUCACACUGAACGGGAGAGAGUCCAGGCCGACGACCUGGUGCGGAUGCUGUUCAACACGGAGGAAGCAGAGUUGCCUCCGGAGAAGGAGAUCGUGGCGGAGAAGGAGGAGAUCGUGGCAGAGAAGGAGGAGAUCGUGGCGGAGAAGGAGAUUAUGGCGGAGAAGGAGAUCGUGGCAGAGAAGGAGAAGAUCGUGGCGGAGAAGGAGAUCGUGGCGGAGAAGGAGAAGAUCGUGGCGGAGAAGGAGGAGAUCGUGGCGGAGAAGGAGAAGAUCGUGGUGGAGAAGGAGAUCGUGGCGGAGAGUUCCACGCCAGCCCCAGCGGAAGACCCCGAGCAAGACGCCACUUUAGGGAAAGACGAGCUGUAAUCUAUCACACCCCGAUACAGUACACAAAUGCACACAACCA